UUGGUCACGUGACCGCUCAUGAGCUGUUCUUAUCACGUGACUGCUCAUGAGCUGUUCCGGACACGUGACCAAUACGCGAACUGUAUCGCACUGACGCGUGCGCGCCAAACUGUGUUUAUAAGGAAGCGGCGCAUCUGUCAACGAGAUGCACCUGGCAACAGAAUCGGCGCACUUCUCUUGUUGGCCAUUUAUCAUUUAUCGUCGUCGAUCAUGGAGCAGCCUCAGGGAAAAAGAAAAAAUUCCGCCGUGUGGGACUAUUUUGAUCAAAUACCGGAUAAUAAGGUUAAAUGUCGCAUUUGUUCGACAGAAUUGUCGUACAUAAACAAAUCCACCUCCUCAAUGCUGAGGCAUCAUAGGGCCAGGCAUGAAAAUGAAGUUCCAGAGACACCCAGGAUAAACUCAGCUACCAGAAAGCAGAUGCUGGAUGAGGCUCUGCUGAACUUCAUUGUGAAGGACUGCCAGCCCCUCAGCAUUGUGGAGAGUGAAGGGUUCAGGGAACUGGUGCAGGUCCUUGAGCCAUCAUAUGUUUUGCCUACCAGAAAGACCAUCAAAAAAAUGCUGGUGACAAAAUAUGAGGAGGAACGGGAACGAGUGAAAUUGGAAGUACAGCAAGCUGUGGCAGUGAGUAUAACAGCUGACAUGUGGACAUCUGUAAACAUGGAGGCUUACUUGGCUCUUACCUGCCACUACAUAAAUGAUAAUUUGCAGUUGUGUACAUCUGUGUUGGGUGUGCAAUACUUUCCACAAAGUCACACUGCUGACAAUUUGGCCCAGGUCAAAAGGGACAUGAUGGCAGACUGGGCCAUAACUAAUAAAGUAAAGUGUUUUGUGACCGACGCAGCACCAAACAUGAUUGCAUCCACUAGACAGCUCCAAAUUCGACACUCAAUUUGCAUUGCACAUAGUCUUAAUUUAUUAGUUAGAAAAUCAUGUGACCAGAUCCCCACACUUGCAUCCAUCAGACACAAAGCUAGGCACAUUGUCACAUACUUCAGAUCGAGCACUACAGCUAAGGAAAAGCUUGCUCAAGUGCAGCAACAGAUGGGACGGCCAACCCUGAAACUCAUCAAUGAGGUGGCAACACGCUGGAAUAGCACAUAUGAAAUGCUGUCAAGGCUACAUGAUGAGAAGGAGUCAGUGUGGGUAUCUCUGGCCUCUCUAAAAACAGAUUUGACUCCACUUACAGCUGAUGAGUUUAACAUCGUAGGAGAAACACUUAUUGUGCUUGCUCCUUUCCAUCAAGCCACAGUGGAGUUGUCUGAGGAGAGGCGAGUGUCAGGGUCAAAGGUCAUCCCGAUGAUGAAAAUGCUGUACCUUGCACUAGAGCAUAGUGCUUCAACAUUGCAAACACAGGCAGCCAAACACCUCCAUGAAAAUUUGAAGCGUCGAGUCACAGACACUGCUUCCAAUCUGGAGUUAUUAAGUGUGUUGACCCUAGCAACACUUCUUGACCCCAGAUAUAAAUCACUCGGGUUCCGCAGUUCUUUUAAAUUAAAUGACGCCAUCGUUCGCCUACGCUCCGAAUGUGCGUCUGUCAUCGGACACACAAAUGAGCCCCUGCCAGGACCAUCUGCAGAACAGCUGUCUGCACCCACUUCAGGCAUUUAUUCAGCAUUAUUUGUUUGUUGUUGUUGUUUGAAAUCAUGUAAUAAAAUGCAUAUUUUUUGUUUUUAAGAUAACCUUUGGAAACAUCUGGAUAUGGAAGUGGGAAGGCAGACAAAAAACUCUACUGUAGAUGCCAUACAAGAGGUCCAACGGUACCUGGCAGAGGGAAAUGUAGCUAGGUCCCAGGACCCAUUAAAAUACUGGGACCAACAGAAGACCACCUUCCCAAACCUCUUCCAGCUAUCUCUUCAUUUCCUCUGCACUCCCGCCUCCUCUGUGCCCUGUGAGCGGGUAUUUUCUACAGCUGGAGAAAUUAUAACCAAAAAGAGAAAUCGCUUAAAAUUUAA